UAUACAUACAAGAGUGUGUGUAUGUUUUUUUGAAGGGCAAAUGGUGCAAAGGACGGUAUUGAAGGUAUUAUUAUCAUGCGAGAAAUGCAAGAAGAAGCUUUUGAAAUCAGUUUCUAGCCUUCAAGGUGUAGAUAAGAUUGAAAUAGAUGGAGCCAAAGGAACAUUAACUGUAACAGGAGAUGCCGAUCCUUAUGAGAUAAUUUUACAAGCAAGGAAGGCCAUAAAAUGGGUAGAAGUGGUGACAAUUGGACCUCCACCUCCAAAGCAGGACGACGAAAAGAAACCACCAGAGAAAAAUCCUGAUCAAAAUUUUCAUAUCUGUUCAUUUAAUAACACCUGUGUUGUUUGUCAACCAUGGGCUGUGGUUCAUAUGCCUCCAGAACCAUGUACCACUUGUACCAUUAUGUAAACAUCUCAACUUCUCAUGAAUACUAUUAAUGUUUCCGUAAGAUGAAAUGAAGCAGAUAUUAUUGUGUGA